AUGUGUACGUUAAGUGGUGCCCCAUUUAAGGUGGAACGGGAAAAUUCGAACAACAAGCUGAAUUCGUUGGUAAUUAUCUAGCUGCUGGAAUAAACCAACGUCUCGCUCGCUUUGUGGUCGCUCCUGCUGUCAAGUAAGUAGCCAUUUGGCUAGCGUUAACGUAGCUGGCUACUUGGCUAACAUGACGUAACCUGAGAUGCGAGCAGUUAGCUUAGCAGAUUGUCCCUGUUCAAACAAACGCCAGGUUGUCAUGUAGACUUAACGAAAGCCGCGUAGUGGUUAAGUACACGGGCGAUUUUAUUUAAAGAAAGUCCCCAGGUGUUCGUAACUGUCAUCGUCUACACAACAGGGUAGUAAGUGACCUCUGGCUGGCGUUAGUCACCAAGUCAGCCAGCCAGCCAGGCUGUGUUGUAGCCAGAGGAGCUGGCAGCUCCUGGUCACCCAUGCUGGAGGAAUGCACAUGCCAGGGAGCCACAGCUCAGACGGACGGGGGUUCCUUAUGAGACCUUAAAUAAGCGCUUCCGAGCGGCUCAGAAGAACAUCGACCGUGAGACCAGUCACGUGACCAUGGUGGUUGCCGAGUUGGAGAAAACCCUCAGCAGCUCCUUCCCUGUGGUGGAUUCUGUGGUCUCCCUUCUGGAUGGUGUGGUUGAAAAGCUAAGCGCACUUAAACGGAAGGCGGCAGAGUCCAUCCAGGCAGAGGAUGAGAGCGCUAAGCUCUGUAAGCGGCGCAUUGAACAUCUGAAGGAGCACAGCAGUGACCAGCCAGCCAAUGUCAGUGUGUGGAAGAGGAAACGCAUGGACCGUAUGAUGGUGGAACAUUUGCUGCGCUGCGGCUACUACAACACCGCAGUCAAGCUCGCCAGGCAAAGUGGGAUUGAGGAUUUGGUGAACAUUGAGAUGUUCCUCACUGCAAAAGAAGUGGAAGAAUCGCUAGAGAGACAAGAAACAGCUACCUGUUUGGCCUGGUGCCAUGACAACAAGUCUCGUCUGCGGAAAAUGAAGAGCUGUUUGGAAUUCAGUUUGAGGAUCCAGGAAUUUAUUGAGCUCAUUCGACAGAACAAACGCAUGGAUGCAGUACGACAUGCGCGGAAGCACUUUAGCCAAGCGGAAGGUGGGCAGCUUGAUGAGGUACGACAGGUGAUGGGCAUGCUGGCCUUCCCUUCUGACACUCACAUUUCCCCAUACAAGGACCUUCUGGAUCCAGGUCGCUGGAAAAUGCUAAUCCAGCAGUUCAGAUACGACAACUACAGAUUACACCAGCUGGGGAACAACUCUGUGUUCACCAUCACUCUACAAGCAGGACUGUCUGCCAUCAAAACACCGCAGUGUUACAAAGAGGAUGGAACCUCCAAAAACCCAGAUUGCCCUGUAUGCAGCAAGUCCCUGAACAAGCUGGCUCAGCCACUCCCCAUGGCACACUGUGCGAACUCUCGUCUGGUGUGUAAAAUCUCCGGUGAGGUCAUGAACGAGAACAACCCACCCAUGAUGCUGCCUAAUGGCUACGUUUAUGGCUACAAUUCUCUCUUGUCUAUUCGCCAAGAUGACAAGGUGGUGUGCCCCAGAACCAAAGAAGUCUUCAACUUCUCCCAGGCUGAGAAGGUCUACAUCAUGUGAUGAGACCUCUAGGGGGUAGUUCUUGGUUCUUUAUGACACUGCCCUGGGCUGGACCAAAUCCCAGCGUGACUCCUCUAGUCCAAGGGCCUCAGUUCCCCAGCCCGUACUCCACAAGACUGAAUUCAGUUGUCGACAUGCCCUCUACUGGCCUGCCAAACCUUCACCGAGCGAAAGGUUUAGAAUCAAUUUGGAGGUUUUACAGCGCAACUGAAUGGUGAAGAAUAGGGAAGACAAUGUCAUUUGAAAAGGUCGAUAUUUUGGCAUUUCCUUUACUUGGUUCUUUACAAUGGUGUGACAAGGACAGAAGGACAUGGCUCAAUAUCAUAUUACAUCUGAGAGCUUCUGCCUUUUUAGUGUAUUUAAAAACCUGACUACUCGUUGGUUUGAUCAAGGGCACCCCUCUUUUUAGGCAGAUUCUGAUGGGGUCAUUAAUAGGGAUACAUUUCCAAUGCCUUGCGUAAGCACCUGUGAAAUCUGUUACCACUUAAAAUUACUUGAUACUGGCACAUUUUGACAAAUGAGUUCAUUGUCAAUGCAGUUACCUGUUAGAAAGUACAGUAGCAUAAUUUGCAAUACUUCUCACUAAUUCUUGGUUGAUGUAACUAGGUGUAGAAAGACAUCACAAUCUGUAGGUAGCUGUAGUGAAGGGUUUGAUAUUAGCCUACGUUUUACAUUACAUGCUGUGUUAGCUCUAUCAGUGACUGGUACCAUCAUUAUCAUCAUCAUCAUAUGCCGUACAUGUAUCUAGGAAAGCAGCAUCUCACGAUCAUGACCAAAGUCAAACUUGUUAGGUCAAGUGUAGCAGGAUUGCAUCGUGACCGAUAAGUCUUAAGGUUGCUUUGUAAGGGAUUCUGUAUGUUACCAUACAAAACAUGGUCAUCGUCUUUUGUGGCACUAUUCGUGACUUCAUGCCAAAUUUAGUGGUGUUUUUUGAGAUUAAAAUGAAUGCAUUCAUUUACCAAAGCAGUCUGUGUUGUCUGGAUCUCAGGUUAGAUCACAUCAUACACAGUGCAUUAAUAUGGUCUGACUCAGUAUGUCUUCAUACUUGGCAGGAGACCAUUCUAGGUUACUUCCCAUUUCCCUACAUAGGCUGUCUUCCUAUUUUGUGUUAGGUCUUAACGAUAAGCCGUACAUGGGUUUGAUAUUGAUAUAGUUCUCUUACAUAGUCUUAAUUCAUUCGAUUACCUUUUUAAAAGUGUGCUUCAGAUAAUCAUUUCGUGAUCAUUUCCAGCAAAAUAAUUAUUUUUUUGUAUUGCUCUUCAAGCACACAUUUUCUAUUUCAAAGCUCACAGUUUCUCAGAUUUCACAGGAGCAACUGCAGGUAACUGAUGGGUAUUCUAUGAGCACCCAGACCCUAUUUUUUUAAAGCACACCGCCAUUUUUUUUCCUUUGUAUUAGCAAGUUGCUUCCAAAUGUGCUAUUUUAUUGUAAGUGUGGAAAGGCUACUUAGAUACUGCUCCUGCAUGUGUAUAUUCUUAGGGUAGUUGGGUUGUUAAUGUUUAGUCACUAAUAAAAAUUUAUUUGAGUAAACACUG